GGUUAGGUCGGAGCCCUCGGGAGCUGCGCGAGGGUGAGCGAGGAGUCGCGAGUGAGCCGACCGGUACGAGACAGGCUGGUGGGCUCCGCCGAGGCGCCCGCCUCGGAAACAAGUUGGAGCCCUUCCCCGACCUCGCGACCUCCCUCCUGACGCGACGGAGGAGUGGUUAAAGCGUACAAACAAUGGCCAGUAAUCACAAGCCUUCAGCAGCUCGCCCUGUUUCGCGAGGUGGAAUUGGGUUACCUGGAAGACCUCCUUCUGGAAUACGACCCCCGUCAGGAAAUACUCGAGUGGCAACUGGAAUGCCACCUGGAACAGCAAGACCAGGCUCUCGUGGUGGUCCCAUAGGGACAGGAGGUGUUCUGUCUUCUCACAUCAAAGUUGCUGAUCGUCCUGUAACACAGCAAGGUUUGAGUGGAAUGAAAACUGGAAUGAAAGGUCCUCAGAGGCAAAUUUUAGACAAAUCUUAUUAUCUUGGGCUUCUUCGAAGUAAAAUAAGUGAACUUACAAUGGAAAUUAAUAAACUUCAGAAAGAAAUAGAAAUGUACAAUCAAGAGAAUUCAGUAUAUUUGUCAUAUGAAAAGAGAGCUGAGACUUUAGCUGUUGAAAUCAAAGAGUUUCAAGGACAACUAGCAGACUACAACAUGUUGGUAGAUAAACUUAAUACCAAUACUGAAAUGGAAGAAGUGAUGAAUGAUUACAACAUGCUUAAAGCUCAAAAUGAUCGAGAAACACAAAGUAUGGAUAUCAUAUUUACUGAAAGACAAGCGAAGGAAAAACAAAUUAGAAGUGUAGAAGAAGAAGUUGAACAGGAAAAGCAAGCAGCAGAUGGCAUUAUCAAAAACAUGUCUCCUGAAAAACAAGUCAAGUAUAUAGAAAUGAAAACCACAAAUGAGAAAUUGUUACAGGAGUUAGACACACUUCAACAACAAUUAGAUUCACUGAACAUGAAAAAAGAGAGCUUGGAAGCUGAAAUAGCACACUCCCAAGUAAAACAGGAGGCUGUAUUGCUGCAUGAGAAACUUUAUGAGUUGGAGUCCCAUCGAGACCAAAUGAUUGCUGAAGACAAAAGCAUGGGAUCUCCAAUGGAAGAGAGAGAGAGAUUACUUAAGCAGGUUAAAGAAGAUAAUCAGGAAAUAGCCAGCAUGGAGCGACAGUUAACAGAUAUAAAAGAAAAAAUAAAUCAAUUUAGUGAAGAAAUUAGACAACUAGACAUGGAUUUAGAAGAACACCAAGGUGAAAUGAAUCAGAAGUAUAAGGAACUUAAAAAACGAGAGGAAAAUAUGGACACUUUUAUUGAGACUUUUGAGGAAACUAAGAAUCAGGAACUGGAAAGAAAGGCACAGAUAGAAGCCAACAUAGUUGCACUUUUGGAACACUGUAGUAGAAAUAUAAAUCGUAUGAAACAGAUCUCUUCUAUCACCAAUCAAGAGCUGAAGAUGAUGCAGGAUGAUCUCAAUUUUAAAUCUACUGAAAUGCAGAAAUCACAAAGUACGGCUAGGAAUUUGACUUCAGAUAGUCAACGUCUACAGUUGGAUCUACAGAAAAUGGAACUUCUGGAAAGUAAGAUGACUGAGGAACAGCAUUCUCUGAAAAACAAAAUUAAGCAAAUGACAACUGACCUGGAGACAUACAAUGAUUUGCCAGCUUUAAAAUCAGCAGGUGAAGAAAAGAAAAAGAAAUUACAUCAGGAGAGAACAGUAUUAACAACCCGCAGAAAUGCCUUUAAGAAAAUAACAGAGAAGCUAAACAUAGAAUAUGAGACAUUAAAAACACAGUUGCAAGAAAAUGAGACACAUUCUCAGCUUACAAAUUUGGAGAGGAAGUGGCAACACCAUGAGCAAAAUAAUUUUGUGAUGAAAGAAUUCAUAGCAACCAAGAGUCAAGAGAGUGAUUACCAGUCAAUUAUGAAGAAUGUGACCAAGCAGAUUGCAGAGUACAAUAAAAGCAUUGUGGACGCUCUACAUAGCAUGAGCAGAAACUGAGUCUGAACCAACUGCAAGUCUCUAUAAUAGUAUGCUUUCUGCUAAACUGUAUGUUGACUGAAAAAGAAUCUCAUACCCUUGAAGAGUUUUACCUAAAAUUUUUAACUACUAUAAUUUUUGUGACCUCUUUGAAGAGGUAUACUACUUUAAACAGCAUAAUAGUUCAAUAAAAAGUUUG